GCUUUCAUCGCAGCUUUCCACAAGUGCAAGCUGCAAGAAGAUGCCGAUGCUGCAUUGGGUACAGAUACAUCCCUGUACCUGGGCGUUUCCCUGAUGAUCUUCGUGGGCUUUGGCUACCUGAAAACCUUUCUGAAGGCCUACGGCCUCGGCGCCGUCGGCUUCACGCUGCUGAUCUCCGGUGUGGGGAUCCAGUGGGCGCUGAUCCUCGAGUCUUGCUUGCGACAGGCGGAUUUUACCAUUGAUUUGCCAGCGCUGCUGCGCGCCAACAUUGACGUGGUCCCUGUCUUGGUGUCCUUUGGCGCGCUGAUCGGCAGGGUUUCUCCGCUGCAGAUCAUUCUCUUGGUGAUGAUCGAGCUGCCAUGCUUCACCGUUCACAAGGUCUGCUUGCUGAGACAGGGUGAAGCAAGGCCUCUCGUCCACGAUGGUGGUGGGACCUUCUUGCAUGUCUUUGGUGCUUACUUCGGCCUUGCCGCUGCUUCGAGCCUCGGACCGGCCGGAAAGGAGAAGCUGAGGAGCAGCUCCUACCAGUCGGACAUCCUUGCCUUGAUUGGCACAGUCUUUCUUUGGAUGUCAUGGCCGAGCUUCGUCGCUGCUGGCCAAGCCACGAGAGCGGCGCAACUCCAGGCGCUCCUGAACACUGUGCUGGCACUCCUGUCCUCGACUGUCAUGACCUUCGGCUUGUCACAGCUGCUGCAGGAUGGCCGGCUUGACCCGCAGACGGUACAGAAUGCUACUUUGGCAGGAGGCGUUGCUAUCGGCGCCACAGCGAGUGUGGUGGGACCGUUUCCACCUUAG